AUGCAGGACAUCGCUUCAACCCUUCCCCACCACCGUACGCCGGCGAAGUAUCAAGCCGGCUUGCAUUAUCAUCAGGCCAACGGACGCGAAAGUGCGGCGCCGCUGCUUACCUCGUCGGCUGGGAAUGGUGCCAACGAUAAGCGGCCCAAUCACUGGGGCCGCAGCCUGUUGCGUGGCUUUUGUCAUGUGAAAUGGCAUCAGCGCACGCAGUGGGCUGUUGUGGCGUCGUUGCUGUCGUUCCUCGUCCUUUUUGUGCUUCUGCACGAACUUCUUCAGGUGUCGGGUCUGUCGCAGUCGAUUUAUGCGGUUUUCUCGAGGCCGGCUUCCGAGCGGCAAACAUUGCUGGAGGACGAGCUCGUGAUACGUGGCCCUGUUGUGCCGCCGAAUGGAGCAUUUUGUGGUCUGUGUACAGAGGGCCUCGUUGUCUUCCGUCCAGCUAGUGCCGCCACAUCUCUGACGACGGCGCCUGCACAGACCGAGGUGGUAGUGUGCAUGGAAACGAUGGAAGAAGCCCGGCUGGCAGCGAGCAAGUCGGAGCCUCUCAGCACUGUACGAGACUGUGUAGCAAGGCUCUAUAACCUGGGUCUCCUGCAGCCUCCCCGUACUACCAUAACCGCGGUGAAUGACACAUGUGCAGCGGUGCGCGUGACAGCGCAGGUGCUCUCAGGCGAGGCAGAAGAGGCAGAUCGGAGCAAGUGCAGCAGCGGGUUCGUGGCGGAGCUGCAGGUGUCAUCGACAGAACGGGAGAAGGUGAAGGUGCACACUCAGCGGUUCCCGUCGUGGCCGCUCUGCCCUGCCGCGUCACGGGACGCUAUUGAUGCCGAGGAUGGACACCAAGAUGGUAGUGGCAGUAAUGAUUACAUCGUGCCCGCGUACUUUGCGACAGCAGCCGUUCGAGACACAGACGUAGACUGCGAUGUUCCACCGCCGUGGAGAAUUGACACCAUCGAGGACCUUGAUGGGGUGGUAAUGCGUUUCGCCAGGGACGCGGCUCAGACCACAGAGUCAUCGCUGCCGCUGACAAGUGACCUGCGCUGCCCAACCUACUUCCUCACGGUAAACAUUGGCCGCUUUGGCCGCCAUCACAAUCAGCUGCAGGAGAUCUUGAACGGCAUCUCGCUGGCCAGGAGAUCGAACCGCACGUUUAUUUUGCCAUCCUUCGUGCCGGCGCUGUACAUGACGUACUUGAAGCUAAAUCCAGAGCUUCUGUACGGAUGGAAUUCGCUACGCAGAAACGGCCGCUACUGUGUUCUGUCGUAUGCCGAGGCGCGGCCAAUACUGCAGCAUCUGCGUGAGCGCGAUGGGGUAGUGAGUAUGGAACGGGUUAGCUUUGCAGCCACUGCAGACCUGCACGUGCUAUUCAACACCACAGAAGAGCACGACAGUUAUGCAUGGGGAUCCAUGCCUCGCAUGCCGGCCACGGAUGGCGCGUUUGUGUACGAUGCGGAUGAAUGGCUCUCGAUGGGGCUGCAGCGAAGGGAUAUGACAGCGCACACCGCAAGCAAUACCUCAUCAGUGCCAUCCCCGCUAACGUUCCAUGAGGCAAGGCCGCCUAGCGCGGAGGAGUGUAGCGGCUUCGCCGGCCCCGCUUUGAACAAGAACCGAACGCAGUGGGAAAGGAUUCGCAGUUGCACCACUGCGUUUCUGCGCACCUACGGCGAUGGUGACGGGAGGCGCGGGUCGUCGUUAGCCUCACGGCGACAGCCACGCGUCGUGGUGAUUUCGAGCGUCACAGCGUUUCAUCUGCGGCCGACGCUGACGGAAAUGACCACGCUGCUUGGCCUCCUGCGGCCGUCGCCGACCCUCACCGUGGAGAUCGGCCGGUACUACCGACUCUAUGCGACGCAGCUCCAGUGGCCAGCCAACACCGAUCCGAAGCGCUCUUUUUUAAACGUGCUGCAGCCAUGUCGAUACAAGAGCACCAUUGGUGUUCACGUACGCCGUCGCGAGUUUACGUGUCGCGAGGAGGCCGAGCACCCCAGCGCCACCAUCGUCGCUAUGUCGGAGGCGCGCUACCAGUUUGACGGGACGGGCGAAAACGAUAGAACCGCUGCCGGUCGUCCCCUCACCACCGUUGAGCGACUGGCGAGCGACUGCGGAUGGAAUGCGCAGUCGCUAUUGCAUAUCUACGACACCUACGCGGGCUGGACGCGAUCGCGACGGGCGCGGGGGCUAAGGCGGUCGCGUUGCUUUGCGCCUGUGCAACCUUCAAGCAAACAGGUGCUGCGGAGCUACGUCGCCUUUGACGAGCAGGUCGGUCCCAUCGGCUCUCAGCUGCAAGCUGCACUGCAGCAGCGGUACAACCCACUAAAGAAGCAGCGCGCCGCCAACGGAUACCCACCCAUCUACGCCGCAUUCUACGACCGCAGGCCCCGCAAAGACCUUUUCCAGAUGUAUCGAGAAAUCCUGGCGAAAUGGGAGCACUCAUCCACGGACAAGCAACAUGCCGACGGGGGAGCCGUCUUCAACGUCUCUGAUGUACCGCGGACAACGGAAAGUCUUGUCGAGAUAUUGUACCCCAUCGCGGAGCAGGAGGCGCUAGCCCUGGGGCUCGACUUCUUUUUGCUCGGUAACACAGGCGUAUUCCGCGGCAAUAUUAUUUCGUCUGUGUCGAUCAACGUGUGCUUGCGCCGCUUGGGCAGAGGGCUGCCGUGUCACGGCGUCCUCGCUGGGUACUACGAAAUGCUGUACAAGGGUUACAUGUGA